AUGAAGUACGACCUCAAAGCUCGGGUUCAAUGCAACUUUUUCAGUCAGCACUACGGGUGCAACCUGGUGUGUGACAGCUGCAUGGCGUGCAAGCCUGCAAAGUCCACGGAGCCGUUGAUGAACUAUCGAGACUUUACCUUGUCUGCCGGCCAUCGCCUAAGCCGCUUCAGUCAUCGCACGUACGUGGCCAUGACCCGCCCGGAGGAGCUUUCACCAUGGAUAUGCAUGCCCGGAUGGGCUUUGGAAACAUGCACACGUGACCCCAUGCAUGUCAUCUACUUGGGUGUUUGCAGAGAUCUGCUGGCGUCCUUGCUAGCAGAUUGGAUGGAUGCCAACUUGUUGCCAGCAGCACCCACUCAGCAAGAGCGCUUGCGGCUCUUGUCUUUGGAAAUGCACGCGGCGUGCAAGCAGGCAAAGCAACUUGUCUGCAGCCUCAUUUGCAUGCUGCCUUGCGCUGCCCACGCAGCUUUGCGCCAGGGCCCGUGUGAUCUCACGUUGCGAACUAUAAGGAUUUCAUUCCGCAGAAAGUUCUUCACGCUUGCGAACUGCAACCUUGGGAAGGCGGAGUUCCCGGAGCUGUCCACGACAUGGAAAGCUGCAGAGAUCAAGGUGGUGCUGUGGUUUCUCAGCGUGAAGGCUGUCGAGCUCACGGAUCCCCUGCUGCAGGCUGGCACAGCCUGCGUUUGGUCCCUCAAUGAAGCCAUGUCCCUUUUGGACAUGCAUGACAUCAUCCUGCCGCAGCAGGAGGCCACGCGGUUUGCAGAGCUUAUGCGGCAGUCGCUGCUUUACUGGCAGCUCUUAGCAGGCAAGUGCCACGCUAUGGGCAAGAAGUGCUGGAAACUACGGCCCAAACACCAUGUCAUGGAUCACCUGUGCGAUGAUGUGCAACGCACGCGGAUAAAUCCUCGCCUGGCCUGUUCCUGCUUCCAAGAAGAAUCCUACCUAGGUCAUCUCAAGCGCAUUGCUGUCCAUUGUUCUUCCAUGCGCGUGAUGGAACGAACUUUGCAAAGACUCCUGCUCCUUCUGGCAGUGAGAUGGAAACACUCUCGAGAAGCCAUGAACGAAGUGGAAGCGCAGUACACGUUUCAUGACCUCAUGUGA